AGCAACCUUGGGUCAGUUUUUGGGUCAAGAAUUUUGACCUCCCAAGUGACCUGUGUGAGCGGCUUCUCUUUUGUGGGUGGAAGCAGAAUCUGGCUUGGGCUUGUUGAUGUGGAGACCGGGCCAGAAGGCACCGGUGGACACUCUCCAAGAAAAGGGCAAAGCACAAACACUCUCCAAGGAUAAGAAGAACAAUCGAAGGUCGAUUUUGAGUCAGAGCUAGAUCUCGACGAAGCUCCAGGUCGUCGCUUAGGUAUGUUCUAACUCCUUUGAUGUAUGUAUUCCGAAGAAUUCUUAGCUAGAUCAUGUUUGAGUAUUGUACCAAUUAUAUAUCCCCUACUCUAUAGUGAUCGGGUUUAGAGUGCUGCUGAUACUGAGAAUGGAGGUGGAUAGAAUUAGCAGUUUACCCAAUGGCGUCACAGAAAAGAUUUGGUUCUGUUUGCCGCUUAGGGACGCGGUGAGGACAAGUGUUUUAUCCAGCAAGUGGAGGUACAAAUCGGCCAUGCUUCAAGAUCUAGAAUUUGAUGAGUUUUAUUGGGGGAGAAACCAAAAUCGAGAGUUUGAUGAUGAUUAUCAAAUCCACACAACUUUUGUGAACAUGAUUGAUCAUGUGCUCUUAGUUCAUAUUGUCCCCAUACGCAAGUUCAAGCUAUGCUGUACUAUGGAUGAGGUAGCCCCAAGAGAUAUUGAUCGAUGGACUACUCAUCUAUCAAGAAACUCUAUCAAAGAGUUGAUAAUUAAGCUUUGGGUAGACCACGAAUACAACAUUCCAUUCUCUCUGUUUUCAUGUCAAGGUCUUGUUCAUUUGGAGUUACUCGACUGUUUGCUCAAACCUCCGUCAACAUUCAAAGGGUUCAAGAGCUUGAAGAGUCUUCAACUCCACGCUGUUGACGUGGCCCAAGAUGCGUUUGAAAAUUUGGUUCGUUGCAGUCCUCUGCUUGAGAGAUUAACAUUGCGACAUUGUGACGGUGUCACCAAUCUCAAAAUUGAUGCACCAAAUCUCCAAUAUCUGCACGUUUUAGGUGUUUUUAAUGUCAUUAACCUUGAGAAUGCCUGUAGUAUUACUGAGGCUGAAAUUUGUAUGAACAUGCAUAAUGACCAAAUAGGGGUUCCUGCCGGUUGGAUUCCUGCUUGCAGUUCUAGCAAUUUGCUCAAGAUCUUUGAUCGCCUACCUCAUAUUCGAAGGCUUGAAAUUAAGUGGCGCUUUUUAGAGACAUAUGCUUCGACGAUCCCGAUGCAAUUCCAACUGCUCUAUGCCUUCUGAGAAGCUCCCCUGCUCUACAAGAGCUAGAAAUUGUGAUGGAUCGGAGAAAGAAACUCGAAAGGAGACACACUGUUGUCGAAGAAGUGAAGUCUUCUUGUUUGGAUGUGAGCUACAAUUGCACACUUUCUCAACUGCGACUCGUGAAAAUAACUGGGAUCUCUGGUGUUAAAGCUGAACUAGAUUUCAUCAGAUUUCUCCUUUUAAGUUCACCUCUUCUUGAGAGAAUGACUAUCACGCCUCCUCGAUUUCCUGAGCCUGCUACUGUGGAUGGUUUUCCAAAACUAGUAAAAGAGCUACUUCAGUUUAAACGUGAAUCAAAGCAUGCAGAGAUUAUUCUCCUGGACCCAUAAUUCAUCAAUGAAUUGAAGCAGCUAAGAGGUUCUAGACUUCUUGUAGAAAUGAAUUUGGCUUGGGUUUGUCCCUUUUGGUACAAGUCCAAAGUCUUUAUAUCAAGAAUUCGACUGUCAUUAUUAGUUGAAUUUGCUUACGGAAUUAUUAUGUAUCAGGUUACAUUUUCUGUCAGAGUAAUGAAAGGUCCGAACCUAGUAAGAAAAGUUUGGGUGUAGUAGGAGUCUCUUUAAUGUAAUAACAAUGUCGGUUUCAUCAUUAGAAACCCUUCUCGCUUCUCAGCUAUGCUUUCAGUUGCUGUGUAUCCUUGACUUGCAAAUAAUUGAUGAGAAAGUCAUCGAACAAAUGCAGAGCACCUCUAUAGCUUGUUCAGCCAAGGUACCAAUGCACUUUCCAUAUAUGCAUUCUCCUUAGAGCUGACCACGACGACUCCAUUACUCAAUUAAUGGAGUACUAGAAAAUAUUUUUCGUAUAUGACAUGUGAAAUUUGGCUAGCUGCUAGUCAAUUAGUUUUGGUAAUAGAAAGAACAUCUGUAACUAUUUCCAUACUAUUUCGAUCGAGCUCUAGAUUCCCAACACACUUGAACACGAGAGGGUCGGAAUGGGUUUUUCUUUGUCACCUGGGCUUAUGUUCAUCGACGAUUCAAAAACCAUUGGCAAAUUUCAUUUGGACUCUGUCUCUUUUUUGCCUUCCUUUUUUUAAGCCCAAAAGGCCAGGGCAGGAAAACAGCUUACUAGGAAAUAAAAGGACGAGCGCACCUAGGUAUAAGCAGAGAAAAGCCGCAGCACCAUACUAACACAGGAGAACAAGAACAGUCAAGAGGAGAGUAAGAGUCCCGGACAUAACUAGAUCUAGACGAAGCUCUGCCAAGAGAUCCGGGUCAUCACUUAGUGAUCAAGUUGGAGUGUGCUGCCAUGGGACUGAAAAUGGAGUUUGAUAGAAUUACCAGUUUACCAGAUGAUGUUACAGAAAACAUUUUGGCACGUUUGCCGCUUAAGGAGGCAGUAAGGACAAGUAUUUUAUCCAGAAAGUGGAGGUACAAAUCAGAAAGGCUUCAAGAUCUAGUGUUUGAUGAUCAGUGUGUCUCGACUCAAAGUCAUCCAACCUGCAGCUUUGUGAAUAUCGUUGAUCAUGUACUCUUGGUCCACACUGGCCCCAUACGCAAGUUCAAGCUUUCUCGCAAAGAGACGCUAGCCACUAGAGACAUGGACAGAUGGAUAUUGCAUCUAUCGAGAAACCCUGUCAUCAAAGAGAUGAUAAUUGAGUUUUGGAUAGGGAAUCCCUACAACAUUCCAUCAUGUUUGUUUUUUUGUCAAGAUAUUGCUUAUUUGGAAUUAUUCAGGUGUUUGCUAAACCCUCCUCCGUCUACAUGCAAAGGCUUCAGGAGUUUGAAGACCCUUUUUCUUGAGAAUGUUACCAUGGCCCAAGAUGUGUUUGAGAACUUGAUUGGUUGCAGCCCUCUACUUGAGAUAUUGACGUUGAUAAGUUGUGAUGGUUUCACCAAUCUCAAGAUUGAUGCACCGAAGCUCCGGUUGAUUGACAUAAUAGGGGUCUUUGUAGAGUUUGAGUUCGUAGAUUCCUUAAAUCUUGUGGAUGCUUCCUUUGAUUUGCAGGUUGUUGUUGAUCAAAGAGGGAAUUGUAGUAAUUCUGGGAAUUUGCUCAGGUUUUUUGAUCACCAGCUGCCUCAUAUUCGAAGGCUCACAAUAAAGAGCAACUUUCUUAAAUACUUGUCUAUUGGUGCCUUGCCAUUGAAGCUCCCUAAACCAUGCCAAUAUCUCAAUUUUCUUUCUUUAGACAUGAACUUCGACAAGCUGGAUGAAAUUUCAACUGUCUUAUGCCUUCUGGGAAGCUCCCCUACUCUACAAGAAUUACAAAUUUUGGUGGACCCUGAAAAGGAUCACGCUGCUGUGGGAGAAGUGGAAUCUUGUUUAUAUGACAACUACAACUGUGCAUACACUCAACUGCGGCUUGUGAAAAUUACCAAAAUCUCUUGUGUACAAGCUCAACUAGAUUUCAUCAAAUUUCUACUUCUAAGUUCACCUGUACUUGAGAGAAUGACUGUUCAACCUGCUUCUCUCGAUGGUUUUUCAAAGCUAGUAAAAGAUUUACUUCUGUUUAAGCGUGAUUCAAGGCGUGCAGAGAUAAUGCUUUUGGACCCAUAAUUCAUCACUUAGAGUUGAGGUAGCUGAGAGCCUGAGAGGACUUUCUAGCAGGAAUGAAUGUGGGCUUGGAGUACAGUUCGCUACUAGUCUUUAUAUAGGAUGUGUAUAUGUCUGUUUGCUGAGACAAGUUUUCAUAUUUUCCAUUUAAAUUUCCAGAGUUUAAGUGUGAAGUUUGCUUGUCAA